AUGCCUUCUGUGGAUCUGAGGCAGUUGUUGAAACAGGAGCGCCAGGUGAAAUUAUCGCUAGAAAAUGUACAGGAGUUUGUAGACAACUAUCAAGAGGAACGUGAUAAGGGCAUGGAGGAGCUACGAUUGAAACAACUCAAAAAUGUUUUACUUGGUAAGUGCACACAGCGCGCUGGAAUAAUUGCUGAUCGUCAGCCGAUUGUUGCUGGUUCAGUUCAACCCUCCCGUACGAAAUACCCGGAGCUGAAGCUUCCUACUUUCUCCGGAAAAUUGCAGGAAUGGAUCAAUUUUCGUGAUAAUUUCAAGUCAUUAAUUCAUGAUAACGGAGACCUGUCUACAAUUGAUAAAUUCAAUUAUUUGCGCGCAUCUCUGAAGGAUGAAGCUUUACUUCAAAUUAAUCAGGUUCAAGUUACUGCUGCAACAUAUAAUAUUGCUUGGACUAUCCUUGAAGCAAAGUACGAAAACCAUAAAUUGAUUGCGCAGGAGCAUCUCAAGGCGUUGUUCAUGGUCCCUGCAAUGAAAUCAGAAUCUUUCGAAGCGUUGAACGCCAUUCUAAUGACCUUCAAGAUAAAUCUUCAGCAAUUAGAAAAAUUGGGUGAGAGAACAGAUAACUGGAGCACGAUCCUCGCGUUUAUGAUGUCGCAGAAGUUGGACAACGAUACUCUACGUCAUUGGGAGACCCACCAUAGUUCAAAGGAUAUUCCGAAGUACUCAGCUUUAGUGGAAUUUCUGGAAAACCAUUGUUCGAUCCUACUUUCAACAUCUUCACGCAGAGGAAUAGAGUACAAACGUCCAUUUAAGGCUCCCGCUGUUCACACGGCUAUUACAGCGACCAGCAACUGUUCAAUUUGCAACGGCGGAUCUCAUUCGUUGGAACAGUGUCGACGGUUCAACAAAAUGAGGGUGAUUGACAGGAACAUGGCCAUUCGAAGACUUGGGUUAUGCUUAAAUUAUCUACUUUCCGGACAUUUCGUUGCGGAAUGCACCAGGAACCCAUGCGGCAAGUGCGGUCAGCGCCAUCACCAUUUGUUGCAUCCCUUCGUGCCCAGCCAACUUGGUGGAGCACCAAACACCAACCAAAACCAAGCACAGAACAACCCGAGAAGACCUCAAGCCGCGAAUUCACAACACCAGUCGCAAUUACAAUCGCACACAAAUGCUCAAUCCCGGACGAACAAUUCUCAAGUAAACCCACAACAAACACCAGUUCAGAACACAGUCUCGCAACCAACACGACAGCCACCUCCCACUCCUACUUCCGCCACGUCACUCCACACUGCUACACUACACAACACUGUACAUCGUCGAAACACUACACUUCUGUCAACCGCAAUCAUCAAACUAGGCGACCGAUCAGGAAACACGAUCAUCGCUAGAGCGUUAUUAGAUAACGGUUCACAGAUUUGCAUGAUCACUGAAAAUCUGUCCAAGAAACUCAAUUUCAAACGACUUCGUGAAAAUUUGCCUGUGAAAGGGGUUGGAAGUUCAUUGACCAUUUCCAAGCAGUCUAUCCUUGCGAAGGUUUUGUCGCGAUGUUCAUCCUACGAGACAGCUGAGUUGAAGUUUUUCGUAGUACCGCAGAUCACACUGAAUUUGCCACAACGAAGUUUUGAUAUAAGUUCCUGGAAGGUGCCUGCCGAAAUCCAGCUUGCUGAUCCAAAAUUCUUCGUAUCCAAUACCGUAGAUGUGAUUUUGGGAGUGGCAAUCUUUUAUGAUCUACUGUUGAACGAGCUGUUGCAACUUCUCGAUGAAGGUCCUAUUCUACGCAACACCGAGCUAGGUUGGAUUGUAGCUGGAGAAAUAUCCGAUGAUCCAACUACUACGUUCAGCGCUACAGUUGCCACAUCGAUAACCACCGAAGAGGUCUACGAACAACUAUCUAGAUUCUGGGAACUGGAGUCAUGUCGAACGAAGAGCUGUCUGUCCAUCGAAGAGUCAGCAUGUGAAUCGUUUUUGAGCAGACGACAUCACGAGAUAAGGACGGAAGAUUUAGAGUAG